GGCUCUCAGAUCAGACUAGUUCCUGAGGAGGUGAGCUAUGGGGACAAGGCCCAAGAACUAUAGAGACGUCAGGUCUCAGUGACUCAGGUACAGGUGUGGAGUACUAUUAGGGGUCCUCAUAGAACAAGCCCAGUAGUAACCCAGACUGUCUGGCGAGGCUGUAUGGGGGAAAAAGAAUGGGAGUCAACAAUUUUCUCACAUUUCUGGGGCAACCUUACCACGACCCUGUCCUUUACCACAGGGAUGCUCCUGUGUCGACUCGGGGGCAGCCAGUGUGAUUGGAAAAGGUGCAUCGCUAGUAACCUGUUUCCUUGCUUGAAGUACGAGGUGAAAGACUCACCAGGCAACCCGUGUUCCUCAAGGGUUUCCCCUUUGCAGGUCAUCGCCAUCAGGACUGCAAUGACCGGCAGGGCCAGGACACGAUCCCGGGGCCGAGCACGCCACUGGAACAUUCCCCAAGCUGUGGCGCCUGGAGCGGCGGCAGCGAGCCCUGGCCAGCAGCCUGCCCCACUGCAGCCUAGAAGCCAGCCGCCACUAGGGGAAGGCCGCGGCGCGGCUGCACCGGAGCAACCGAGAGAAAGACGGGGAGGAGCCCAGCCUCCAGAACAGCUUCCACUAGCAGCUGGACUGCAGGCAUUACCUGUGAGGCCGAGGAGGCCUGCUGGAAUUUUUCAGGACCUCGUGGUGAACACGAGGGAGAGCUUGGAACAUGUUAAGCACUCAAAAACAGGCUCUGAAGGUGAAGUGAUAGUACUGCUAGCAAACCACUUCCAAGUUACAUAUCCCCUGUGGGUUGCGUAUAAGUACAACAUUGACUACAAACCGGACAUAAAAAAUAUAGAUCUCCGUGAAAACUUGCUUUAUCAACACGUGUCGACAUUCGGAAGAUGCCAUAUAUUUGAUGGAAACUCUUUGUUAUUACCUAGAAGGCUGCAAAGUUCUAAUAUGGAACUUGUCAGUAGGACCCGAAGUGGUGGCAUUGUGAAGAUUACAGUCCACUUUUCAAAGGAACUCAGGCCUACACACCCAGACUGCCUGCGCUAUUAUAAUAUUCUCUUCAGAAGAGCUCUGAAGAUGAUGAAUUUGAAACAAAUUGGUCGCAACUUUUAUGAGAAAACUAAACGAAUGUUCUGUAACAACAGUUUGGAAGCCUGGCGUGGUUAUGUGACUUCUGUUCUUCCCUAUGAACACAGCCUUACCCUGUGUUCUGAUGUUUGCCAUAAACUGCUCCGAUUGGAAACUGCUUAUGAUAUAAUCACGAAAGCUGAAAAAUCCCUUAAAAGUAAACGUAGCAGAGAAGAAAUUUCUAAAAAAUUAGUGGGAUUAACUGUUUUUACAAGAUACAAUAACAGAACCUACAAGGUGGUUGCUAUUAAUUGGGAUCAGAGUCCCAGAAAUACAUUUAAAAAAUCAGAUGGUAGAGAAAUCACCUUUGUAGACUACUACAUGCAGCAAUAUAACCAAAUUAUCACUGACUUAAACCAGCCCCUCUUGGUCAGCCAAGGCCGGUGGAGAAGGGGGCAGAGGAAUGUACCGCAAGAGCCUGUUCUGCUGGUUCCUCAGCUCUGCUACCCAACAGGUCUAUCAGAUGAAAUGCGUCAAAAUAGUAAAUAUAUGAGUGAAUUGACUGGCUUUAUGCAGUUGAAUCCAAAACAAAGGAAGGUUGAUUUGGGAAACUUCGUGGGAGAUAUAAACAAAAGUCAGAGAGCACAAAAUGAGCUUCAACGCUGGAAUCUGAGUUUUGAUACCGAACUUUUGUCCAUCUCAGGAAGAAUUUUGAAAAAUGUAAAAAUCUUCCAGCGUGACUCAUCAUUUGACACCGGGCCACAGAUAAGAGAUUGGUUGAGAGAAUCAAGAAAUACACCCUUACUGUCAGCGAAGUCAUUAAGCAACUGGGUGUUACUUUAUACUGGGGAAUAUGUUAUCAAUGCCAGAGCCUUACUGCGUAGUUUACAUAGAGUCACCCCUACCAUGGGCAUAACUAUGAGAUCUGCACGUAUGUAUGAAGUAAAUGAUGACCCUAGAUCCUAUAUAGACACAUUACGGGAUUGUGUUACACCACACACAGACAUGGUGGUUUGUGUACUGCCUGAUGGCGAGAAAUACAGGUAUAAUGAGAUAAAAAGAUUCCUGUGUAUCCAUUGCCCGGUUCCAAGCCAGUGCGUGAUAGCAGAGACCUUAAUACCCGGCAGUACAUUGCUGACCAUUACUACAAAGAUCGUUCAGCAGAUGAACUGCAAGAUGGGAGGAGCCCUCUGGAAGGUGGAGACAGGUUUACAGAAGACAAUGUUCAUUGGUAUCGAUUGUUUCCAUGAUAUUAUAAAUCGACAGAAGUCGAUUGCGGGAUUUGUGGCAAGCACCAAUGAGGAACUGACCAAGUGGUGCUCCCAGUGUGUCUUCCAGGAACCUGGACAGGAGCUUGUAGAUGGGUUGAGUAGCUGUUUGGAAGCUGCCUUAGAUUCCUGGUUUAGAAAUGUACAAGAGCAGCCAGAUUCUGUUGUGGUAUAUCGGGAUGGCGUAGGAGAUGGUCAACUUCAGGCCCUGCUUGACCAUGAAAUACCACAGCUUGUGAACCUUUUAAGAAAGCGUCAAGUCAAGCUAACUUUCAUUGUGGUGAAGAAACGAAUAAACACCAGGUUUUUUGUUGAGUGUCAAGAACAUCUUUAUAAUCCACCUUCAGGAACUGUUAUUGAUGCGGCACUAACCAGGGAAGAAUGGUAUGACUUUUAUAUUGUGAGUCAGUUCUCCAAGCAUGGCACCGUUACUCCCACUCAUUAUAAUGUUAUCUAUGACACUGUUUGCUUGGACCCGGAUACAGUACAGCGUUUAACUUACAAACUAUGCCACAUGUACUAUAACUUCCCAGGCAUCAUUCGAGUUCCGGCUCCUUGCCAUUAUGCCCAUAAACUGGCUUACUUCGUGGGGCAGAAUAUCCAGCAAGAGCCGCAUAACUCACUGUCAGACUGUCUCUAUUACCUUUGACCAACAGCGAAAGACCUGAUACGACGAUGCAGAAAGCUUUCUUUUGAAGCUGGGUAUCUGAAAUAUUUUCCUAGGUUGGCAGAUCAGUCGUAAUAUGGAUUGGAAAUUGGGGAAUGUUGAAUAGUAUCAAAGAGAUGGCAAAGCGGGAAAGGAACUUGUGCUAAUAUCUAUCAGGAAGCCCCAAAAUGGUACUUGUGACUGUUUUCUGUGUCACAAACUCCACACGAGGCAACUGGGUGCGACAGAAGUUGUAUUUAUUCAAAUUUUUGGGUCUGUGUUAGAGAAAAACAGGAGUGGACUCACGCCAGUUGGAUUCAGUAGUGUGGUUUACUCUCAGUCCUACCCACUGAGUUCACAAGAGAUUGUCUUCCUGAAGGGUCAGGGCAGGGGGAGAACUGACAAUAAAGACUCUAUCUUCCAAUUUACUUUUCAAAUGUUAAAAAGAUUUUUGUAACUAAAUGUCCUGGGACACUGCAUUCUAAGCAGUGUCACUCUGACCAGUGAGGGAAAGGAUUAGUUAACCUAGGGUUAGCCUGCUGAUUUAAAAAUUGGCAGUUUACGAACAUGGAUACAUUUUUCCUCUUUUUCCACAUAAGACAGGGAAUUAAGCACUCCUUAGCCUUUCUGCUUCUGUUUCAAGUGUGAUAUUGUUAACUGCAACAUGAUCAGAAGAAUCUAAAGCAGAUUUUUUUUUUAGAUGAACUCCUCUGCUUUCCCAGAGAGCAGAUACGUUUUUCUCUUUACUUAAAAAAUGGUCUUUAAAUAGAUUCCAGACAGUGUAUGAAAGCUUGGUUUUCCUAUACUCCUGAAGAGAGUGUAUUUUGGGAAGGAGAAAGACUAGCUUCAAAAAUACUAGAAAGGGCCUAUUUGAGAACAGUAUGUUUGCUUCGAUUAUAUGUUGACUAAAUUAUAUUUACAACUUGAACCUGUCUUGUAAGAAAUAAAAUCUAAUCAUUUAAGAAAAUCUAAUCCAGGGAAAAUUGCACCGAACAGUACUACCAAGGGUGAUAAAUGUAAUGAAGGAUGUGGCCCAUGAUUAAAGAUGUGCUCGGGCAACGUGUUCUUUUCUGAAGCUAGAAUUUGAUUUAGGGUAUUAAUUUCUAGAAAUCCGAGCAAGUAGUUUGGAAGGCAAAAAUGGAAAGUUGUUGUUAAAGAGUAAUGAAUGUUUCCUCGAAGCGCAGUAUGUACAACUGUCACUUAUUCCUAGUACUGUUAAAUGAUGUGAUUCAAUAAAAUGCUCAUGUUAAAAUCACAGAUUUGAGUCUUCCUAUCCAUAAUGUGCUUUCUCUAAUUUUCUUUUUGUGUUUCUAGGUAAUGGGAAUUGAACCCAGGACCUUUAUCCUGAGCUGCAUACACUCCCUCACUCACCCCUUUUUUCAAGAUCAGGUCUUGAUCUUCCUGCCUCACUCUCCUAGAGUGCUGGGUAUAGACAUGUGCUACUCGGCCCUACUCUUUCUUGGCCUUCUUAAUCUACUGAUUAGGGAAAAUUGUUGCUCUUCUAAGAAAAAGUGGAAAUAUUGCUUGGAUCGGGGAACUAUUUCAUUCGCCUGUUAGUGUUUUGCAAAUUAGCAGAAGGAACUUUGAGUAUUUAAUAUUAAUUUCCAAAAAAUCUUACUGAUGUACCACAGUGCCUUAGUUUUCCAUUGUGGAGCAAGGGUGGGGAAGUGGGAAUUAAAGGCAGGAACGUGUUAGGCUGUGUAGCUGUACAAAUAAUGUAAGGAAAUGGACUUUCUAACUACAAUAGUGAAUAAAUAACAUACACUUGGCUCCCCAGGUCAGGGGAUUCUGUAUCCAUGGUUCAACCAACCUCAGACUGAAAGUAUUUGGAAAAAAUUGUAUACUGAACAUAUACAGACUCGUCAUUAGUUCCUAAGCAAUCUAGUAUAACAACUCUUUUUGUUGUGUUAGGUAUUUGUAAUAUGGAGGUGACUAAAAUAUGAGUAGAUUGUCUAGGUUAUAUGCAAGUACAGUGCUUUGUAUAGCAGAUUUGAGCACCUGCAGACUUUUUUUAUGUCUUCCAGAGUCCUGGAACUGAUUCCUCAUAAACCAGGGGAUGAUUAUAGGUCAGUUCUUCCACUGGAUACAGCUCAAAAAGCUGGAUAAAAUAUUAGAAAAGAAUAUUGACAAGUAUCACACAUAUCACAGCAGAGAAGAAAACCAUGCUAAUAUCUAGCUGAAGGAAACCCAAAAAGUGACCUUGGUAUUUGGGACUGCCACAGGAGGCAAUCGAGUGGCUGAGAGCUUGGAGUUAGUUAGAUUUAUUGGUCCAUGUUGAGACAAAUCAGCUCCAAUACCUACUUGUACAGAGCAUUGUCUAUGACUCGCACUAUUCAUUUGAGACCGAUAGAAGAGGAACUGUAGGGGCUGGAAUGAUGUGAUUGUCAGCAUAGAGCGUUCCAAGAAUUGAAAGGAAAAUCUCAUGAGAAAACUGGCACAACCAGGUUGGAUGUCCACUGCUGCAUCUCUUGAUGCAAACUGGUGGCUUUACCCUCUUUCUUGGUUUCUUUUUUAUGUCACAGAUAUAAAUAUUUUAUUAUUUAUAGAUUCUCCAACCAAUAGUUUUUUCCCAAUUCAUUAUUUCCAGGGUCUUUUGAGGAGUGUGACUGUUGGAGAGGUUUUUCAGAGACUAUGAUGGUUUCUUUGAAUUUCUGCCUCCAUGAAGCUAGCAGCACAGGCAUUGCACAGAAGUGGCACAUCUCAUGGCUGGCUACUGCUUGUCUUGGUGAAUUUACCUCUUUGUUAUCAAAUUACUGUAGAAUUUUUCUACUUCGUGUUAUACUACUAUUUGGUUCUUCAGCGUUCCCCAAAGGCUCAUGUUCCCUAAGGCCAUGGCUUGGUGCCAGCCCGUAGCACUAGUUGGUGGGGCCUCAUGUGACGUUGUCAGAUCACUGGGGGCAGAGCUCACCAAGGGGAUAGAUAGUGGGACACCAGCCUGUUGCUCUCUUUUUGCUUUUUGACCAUAAAGUAGCUUUGCUGUGCUUCCGUUGAGCUGCCUCAUCACAAGCUCAGUGUAGCCAGUUGGUAUGGACUGAAAUCUCUCAAACCAUGAGUCCAACAUGUUUCCUAAGUGUGUCUUUUUCUUGCUUAGCCAACUAACACACCUUGUUUUAAUAUAGCUUUUCUUUGAAUUAGCUCUUGCAUAGCUCUCAUCUUUUCACUUUAUCUCCACCUGUCCAUCUACUGCCUAUCUAAAAUGGACUCUAGUAGACAGAUUAUAGUUGGCUUUGCUUUAUAUCUGUGACGAUUAUGUUGCCUAGAUUCCAAGUCAUGCCAUUUGCCAUAUUUCACAGUGCUUGAAGUCUCUGUUGAUGGCUUCCCGUGUUGUCUUCCUUGUUCAGGACUCCUGGAAUCCAUUAUGAGUUUCCCAGGAAUCCAUUAUGAGUUUCCCAGAUGUGUGAAGCUUCUCUAGGGAGACUCUGACAAUGUCCUGCAUUGGUCUUUAACCAACCAUCCAUCUUUGUCCCAAACGUAAAUCCUCAAGUCUUUCCUACUUUAUCAACAUGUCUCAAGAAUGAAAAUAUACACCAUGGGUUUUUCUAGUUGCAAGGCCUUGAUGUCACCCUAAUAGAGACCUGUUUGGGGCAGUACUACUUCUCAGUGGAAAGGCUUGCUUUACUGCCCUCAAGUAUCAGCAGUCAUGCUCAGCCACAGGCCACCAGAGCAGUAGCCAGGUCUUGCUCACUACUAGCCAUGGAUGCUGUCAUGGCCCAGGAAGCCUUUACUGAGCCUUUUUUCUCUUUUCAUUGCACCUGGGUCCUCAAGUGGGUGUGAAGAGUGUCCACCACCUGGUCGCUUCCCUUCCCUGUUUCUCUUUGUCAAGUGCUACACACCACCCAUGUGUGCUGCUGGCAUCCUUGCCCUUGACGCAUUUGCCCGCCGAGUCCACCUACAGAUUUAAUCUGAAGGUCACUCAGUUGUUGUAGUUUAUUCUGGCUCACAGAUUUGGAGAUUUCAGUCCACAGUUGGCCCGUUGCUUUUGGGUCUGGUGAGGCAGCACAUCGUGGUGGGAGAGCAUGAGAGUAAGCCUGUCCACCAUAAGGCCAGGAAGGAAAAAGAGGAGACUGGUGUGGCAAACUCAUUCCAAUAACCUCCCACUAGGCCCUACCUGUAAAGGUUUUUACUACCUUCCAAUGGUGCCAAACUGAGAAACAAGCCUCUUAAUACAUGGGCUUUCUGGGAGCAUUCCAGAUGCAAAAUAUAGCAUUCUGCAACUUUAUUCUUUUUCAAGAUUAGCUGUUUGGGAUUUCUUGUUAUUCUAUAUGAUUUUCAGAGUUGGCUUUUUUAUUGCAAAAACAGUAUUGAGAUUUUAUGAUGGUAGAAUUUUUUUUAAGGCUAAGUACAGAAUGUGCACAUCUACAACUAAAAACAAAAACACCAAUCAGAAACCCCAAUCCCCCCAACAAAACAAUGUAAAAAUGGACAAAAGACUUGCUUGAAUGAGGCAUUUCUCCAAAGACUUAUAAAUGGCUACCAUAUA